CACCGCUUUCUUUGGCGGCUGGCUGCGGGAAAGCGUAUGAGAUCGUGAAUGCCAUCCAAACGUUAAAUGUGCUUGUGUUUUGUUUUUAAUUUAUUUUUUUAGCUUUCGUAUUUAAUAAUUUCUUUUAAGCUAUCAUCAUGUCUGAGUUAGAACCUGAAGUAGAAGAUGUUGAAGAAACUAUCGAAGCUGACAACAACGUAAAUGACACUGGCUCAGUUGAUGCAGAAGAAUCAGAAGGAGAAGAUGAUGGAGAAUUGGAGGAUGCGGCUCCUGAGGAAGAUUCAAUGUUAAUGGGCCAGACAGAAGAAGAACCAAAUGAUUUAAUUGAAUGCUUCAAGAAAGAUGAUAAGGAAUUUGAUACAAGAGUGGAGUCGGAUCGAUCCCGAAGAUUUGAUUUUCUUCUUCAACAAACAGAAAUUUUUUCUCAUUUUAUGACAAGUGGUGCUAAUAUGAAAGGUGGGUCUCCUGUGAAACUAAAGCCUGGUCGACCUAAGUUAAAGAAAAAUGAUGAAAAGGCUAAAUUGUCAGCUGUUGGAGAUCAUCGUCAUCGUAUGACUGAGCAAGAAGAAGAUGAAGAAUUGCUAUCAGAAAGUAGGAAGAGUUCAAAGAUUGUUACACGUUUUGAAGCAUCUCCUCAUUACAUUGUGGGAGGUGAAUUACGUGAUUACCAAAUUCGGGGUUUAAAUUGGAUGAUCUCACUAUAUGAACAUGGCAUUAAUGGUAUUUUAGCUGAUGAGAUGGGUUUAGGUAAAACUUUGCAAACUAUCUCCCUUCUUGGUUAUAUGAAGCAUUAUAGAAACACACCAGGUCCUCACAUGGUUAUUGUUCCAAAAUCAACUCUUGCAAAUUGGCGAAAUGAGUUUGAAAGAUGGUGUCCGUCAAUUCGGGCUGUUUGUCUUAUUGGGGAUCAAGCUACAAGAAAUGCUUUCAUAAGAGAUAUUCUGAUGCCCGGUGAAUGGGAUGUGUGCAUUACAUCAUAUGAAAUGAUCAUCAGAGAAAAAUCAACACUUAAGAAGUUUAACUGGAGGUAUAUUGUUAUUGAUGAAGCCCACAGAAUCAAAAACGAGAAAUCAAAGCUUUCAGAAAUUGUACGCGAGUUCAAAUCGACAAAUCGUCUCUUGUUGACUGGAACUCCUCUCCAAAAUAACUUGCAUGAACUUUGGGCUCUCUUGAACUUCUUACUUCCUGAUGUAUUUAACUCAUCUGAGGAUUUUGAUGCUUGGUUUAAUACGAACAAUUGCUUAGGUGACACAUCUCUUGUUGAAAGACUGCAUGCAGUGCUUAGACCAUUUUUGCUGCGUCGAUUGAAAUCUGAAGUGGAAAAGAAGCUUCCUCCUAAAAAAGAAAUUAAAAUUUACGUUGGUCUGAGCAAAAUGCAGAGAGAAUGGUAUACUAAAGUAUUAAUGAAAGAUAUUGAUGUAGUGAAUGGUGCUGGAAAAGUUGACAAGAUGAGAUUGUUGAACAUUUUAAUGCAGCUUCGUAAAUGCUGUAAUCACCCCUAUUUGUUUGAUGGUGCUGAGCCUGGUCCUCCAUACACAACAGAUGAACACUUGGUGUAUAAUUGUGGGAAAAUAGUGAUUUUGGACAAAUUGCUUCCAAAAUUACAGGAGCAAGACUCUCGAGUUUUAAUUUUCUCGCAGAUGACGAGGAUGCUUGAUAUUUUGGAAGAUUAUGUGAUCUGGAGAGGAUUUAAAUAUUGUCGUUUGGAUGGACAAACUCCUCAUGAAGACAGAGAACGUCAAAUCAAUGAUUUCAACAAACCAAACAGUGACAAAUUCAUUUUUAUGCUCAGUACCCGUGCUGGUGGUUUAGGUAUAAAUUUAGCAACAGCUGAUAUUGUAAUACUUUUUGACUCUGACUGGAAUCCACAAGUUGAUUUACAAGCUAUGGAUCGUGCUCAUCGAAUUGGGCAGACUAAGAGAGUCAAAGUUUUCCGCUUGAUUACAGAAAAUACAGUGGAAGAGCGUAUUGUAGAAAGAGCUGAAAUAAAAUUACGUUUAGAUACUGUUGUGAUCCAACAAGGUAGAUUAGUUGAUAGCCAAGCUGCUAAACUUGGCAAAGAAGAAAUGCUGGGAAUGAUCAGGCAUGGAGCUGACCACAUUUUUGCAUCUAAAGAAAGUGAGAUUACUGAUGAAGAUAUUGAAGCUAUAUUAGAGAAAGGUGAAAAAAGGACUUUGGAAAACCAAAAGAAACUGGAAUCUAUGGGUGAAAGCACUCUUCGAAAUUUCACCUUGGAUGCUCCAGUUGAAAGCGUGUAUCGCUUUGAAGGUGAAGAUUAUCGAGAAAGACAAAAGACUGCUGGUAUUGGUCACUGGAUUGAGCCACCAAAGCGAGAACGUAAAGCCAAUUAUGCCGUUGAUGCCUAUUUUAGAGAAGCUCUUAGGGUCAGUGAGCCUAAGGCUCCAAAGGCGCCAAGACCUCCUAAACAACCAACCAUUCAAGACUUUCAGUUUUUCCCACCACGGCUAUUUGAGUUAUUGGAUAAAGAAAUCUUUUUCUUUCGCACUAUUGGAUAUAAGGUUCCCAAAAAUCCUGAUCUGGGACCAGAUGCUGCAAGAUUUCAGAAAGAAGAGCAGGAAAAAAUAGAUGAAGCUGAACCUUUGACAGAAGAAGAAGUUGCUGAGAAAGAUCGUUUACUGACUGAGGGUUUCACAAAUUGGUCUAGGAGAGAUUUCAAUCAGUUUAUUAAAGCUAAUGAAAAGUAUGGGCGUGAUGACACUGAAAGCAUUGCUAAAGAAGUGGAAGGCAAAACACCAGAGGAGGUCAUCGAAUACUCUCAAGUAUUUUGGGAAAGGUGUCAUGAGCUGCAAGAUAUUGAAAGAAUUAUGGCUCAGAUUGAAAGAGGUGAAGCGCGCAUUCAGCGAAGAGCUAGUAUUAAAAAAGCUUUGGAUGCAAAGAUGGCUCGGUAUCGGGCUCCAUUCCAUCAACUCCGAAUUGCUUAUGGAACAAAUAAAGGAAAAAAUUAUACUGAAGAAGAAGACCGUUUCCUUGUGUGCAUGUUACAUAAAUUGGGUUUUGACAAAGAAAAUGCAUAUGACGAAUUGCGUUCGGAAAUUCGAAAGGCACCUCAGUUCCGUUUUGAUUGGUUCAUCAAAUCACGAACUGCUGCAGAAUUGCAACGGCGUUGCAAUACAUUGAUUACGCUGAUUGAAAGGGAAAAUCAAGAACUUGAAGAAAAAGAAAAGGCUGAACGAAAGAAAAGAGGGCCCAAACCUGGCAUUCCAAAAGGACCACAGAAAAGAAAAUCGGAUGGAAUACCUGAUGGUAGAGGAAGGAAAAAGAAAAAGUAACCUCGGAUCCUCGUACUUCAUUUUAUCAUUUCUUUUCCUUUAGUUAAAUUAGUUUCACUUAAAGGAAACAUGGACUUUGAAGUACCUCUUUUGUUUUUAAAUGUAAAAGGCUCCUCUUAAAUUGCCUCCAGUUGAAUUGGAAACUGCUAAUUUAUUGGCAUCAUUUUGUAAACAAUUGGCAUAACCAUUUUGUAUAGUUUUACAUUAUAUUUUAAUGUAUUAAUAAAGUGUAAAUUUUGUUUUUGAUUA